UAUUUUUGAUAUCUAUAGUUUUGUGGAUCAAAAUGUUGCGGCUGUUGUUUAUGGUUUCUUGCCUUUAUAUUGGAAGUUCUUUGGGUAACGCAGUAGACAAAGAGCUACAGUUGUGGUUCAUGAAGAACGGGGUAGAGUGCAGUAAGGAGUACCCAGUCACCAUGGAGGAGUUUGAAGACCUCAAGAAACACAAGAUACCCGACACGAAAAACGCUAAGUGCCUCCUCGCCUGUGUGUUUAAGAGGAUAAACUGGAUGGAUGACAAGGGUAUGUUCGACGACGAAGCCGCGUACAGUCUCUCCAAGAAGAAAUACACGGACCCCGCCAAACUAGUAAACGCCAGAAAGUUGUAUGAUAUCUGUAAAAAAGUAAAUGACGAAAAAACCGAAGACGGCGCGGCGGGCUGCGAUCGCGCUAAAAUUCUAGCGAAAUGUUUGAUGCAGAACUCUGCGAAGGAUCCAGCUUUACCAAGGAGGCCUGUUAUUUUGCGCUCCGACAGAGAUGUUGUAAAAGAACCAGCAAAAGAAAAAUCGGAAAAAGAAAAGCAACCAACGAUCAUAUUAAAAACUCGUGAGCAUAGUGCCACCAAAGAAGAUCGGCCAGUCAGUCCAAAGGCCCAGACUGAGACUGAAAGGCCACAUGCUCCUAAAAUAGCACAGAAUGAAAACAAGGACAAAAAAGAACCAAAAACAAGUCAACCAUGUAAACCUAUGCUGCAGCCAGUCAAGUUGCUGGAUGAAAACUUAGAGUUCAACAGUACAGCAUUGGAGUAUCUCAAUGAUUCUAACACUAACUACUUAGUUGUUGGAAUUAUGGGAACACAAGGAGUGGGCAAAUCUACAAUAUUAAACCUUUUAAACAAAAAUAUAUCAUAUGAAACACUGUGCUCGGACAUAUUAAAUUCUUGUCACCAAAAUACACCUCAGGACUCAGAGCUUGAGCAAAAUGAUGUAACAACAUUAGAAAAUCAAAUAGAAAACUUAAAUUUCACAGAAACAGAUGAAAAUAAAACUGCAGAUAGUAAAAGCUACUUUAAGUUUAAGAUGCAAGACUUGGAUCAAAUUGAAAGAGGUGCACACUGUACAAAAGGAGUUGACAUGUUCGUAACAAGUGACAGAGUAAUACUACUAGACUGCCAAGCUCUCUGGUCCCCAUCGUUUAUAGAAGAUACCAGCACUAAUCCAGUAACAGCGAGAAGUGCUAAUAUAUUGACUGUAGACUGUCUACAGAUAGCGUCAUAUCUUAUGGCGAUUUGUCAUGUUGUUAUUGCUGUACAAGACUGGUUUGUUGAUUAUAACUUCAUAAGAUACAUUCAAACAGCGGAGAUGCUGAAGCCGUCACUCUCAGCGUCAAGCUCGGUCAGCAGCCCCGAGGGCUUGGAGUCCACAGGUGUUGAGAACCACCCUCAUCUGUUGCUGCUGCAGAACAGGUGUCACCUGGAGGACUUUGUGCCGGAGUCGGUGAAGAUGAUGCAGGAUUUUUACAGGAAAGCCUUCCAAAGGUCGCACCUACAGCUCAACAGUGGCAUGUAUAUGUACAGCGACUGUAACCAGAACGGUACCAAUGUAGACAGUGUAAACAAGUCCUAUAACACUGAGGCGUGUGGUAACCCACUCAACUUGUUCCUGCUACCUGAAGUUUAUAGUGAUUAUGAAAACAAAGACAUAUACCGCGGUCACCCAUCCUUCGAGGCGCUGGCUAAGCGACUCCGCUGGAUGAUACUAGGUGUGAACAGACACCAAGUGACCAACGUACCCAACCUGUCGGAGAAGUCCUGGCACCAGUACUGCAGUAAAGCCUGGGAGACUAUCAGAAAGUGUACCUUCUUUAUGGAAUACGAACGGUUUCUACCGUAAUAAAUGUUGAUGGGUA